CAGCCCAGAGCUGUGUUUGCAUUACAGACAGCAACAGCAGCCACUGCUCAUCUGAUCCCAGAUCCGCUCUGUCUCACUCUUACUACAAACCCACUAAUAGGCACACAGCUUGUCUCCUUAUUUCCUGGCAGCUCACUGUUCCAGCCACUGCACAGGAGCAAAGAUGGAGAAGAUGUCCAGAGCUUUACCUCUCAAUCCAACUUUCUUAACUCCAACCUACGGAGUGCUGAAAUCUCUGCUUGAGAAUCCCCUGAAGCUGCCACUACACCAUGAAGAUGCCUUCUGUAAAGAAAAAGACAAAGAGAAGAAGUUAGAAGAUGACAACGUUGGGUCUAAUGUACCACAGUCAGCUUUCUUGGGGCCAACUUUGUGGGACAAGACUCUACCCUACGAUGGAGAUACUUUCCAGUUGGAAUACAUGGAUCUGGAAGAGUUUCUUUCAGAAAAUGGUAUUCCACCUAGCCAGUCCUCACAUGAACUGAAUCAUCAUCAGUCAGGUCUUCAGCAGGCUUCAGUCACAUCACCCUCCGUUAUUGACUUGAGCAGCAGAGCUUCUACAUCGGUCUUACCAGGCUUGGUGUCUCAGAACUGCAUGCACAGCCCCGUUAGACCUGGCCAUAUAUUGCCUUCAAACCGCAACACCCCAAGUCCCAUAGAUCCAGAAUCCAUCCAGGUGGCGGUCGGAUAUGAACCGGAUCCAGCAGAUCUCGCUCUUUCUAGCAUCCCAGGACAGGAGAUGUUUGACCCACGAAAGCGCAAAUUCUCAGAGGAAGAACUGAAGCCCCAGCCUAUGAUAAAGAAAGCACGUAAAGUCUUCAUUCCAGAGGACCUGAAGCAGGAUGAAAAAUACUGGGCAAGACGUAAGAAGAACAAUAUGGCGGCCAAACGAUCACGAGAUGCUCGGAGACUCAAAGAGAACCAGAUCGCAAUCCGCGCCUCUUUUCUUGAGAAAGAGAAUUCUGCUCUGCGGCUGGAGGUCGCCGACUUACGGAAGGAGCUUGGGAAAUGCAAGAACCUACUGGCAAAGUACGAAGCUCGACAUGGACCAAUGUAAAUGGGGAGGGAGGUUGGGGAGACACUUGGACAUCUUUCCUGCCACAUAGCACUAAACACAAAACCUAAUUCUGUCAUCAGCACUUUACUGGAAGCAGAAACAAAAUGGACUUGUAUUUUAUUUUGUUUUAUUUCUAUUUUUUGUUUAUCUUUGCACUUUUCAUAUUACAAGCGCUUUAUAAAAGGUGCCAGCAACUUUACCUUGGACUUUUACAAAAUGCUGUAGCAAAAACGUUUUACAAUGUUGCUUCAUGCUAAUUUCAAGACAAUUUCAACAUUCUCUUAUUGGAUUCAAACCUCAUUUAGGUAUUGGUCUGCUUUAUUUCCAGUGACUAUAACUGAUUGAAAGAAGCGCCCUUACUCAUUCCUAAUAUCAUCCUUGGUAUAACAGACUUCUGUACAGUCUAAUUCUCUGAAAUACAUUUUUUCCCCAUGAUAUCUACCUACUCCUUUUGAUUCAAUUUUAUCUAGGUUAAUGGACCUUGAAAGCUAUGAAAUAUAGAUUUUAAGAAUAUAUACAACAGGUUUUUUUUUUAUAAAUUUAAACAUUAUAAUUACAAAUUAACUGAAGAUUGCUUUUAUAUGUGAGUGCAUGUUUUAUGUCUGGAUGCUUGUGAUUAUAUUGGUUUUGCGUUUUUAUUUUUCAUAUCAACUGUCAGGAGAAGGAUUUGUAGAAAAUGUGAAUAGUAUUGUUUAAUUUUUGCACUGUAUGUAUAACUAAAGCAAUAAUACUCCUGUCUGCCAGUACGCAUGCCGUAGCCAAUGGAAGUCACUACUAUAAUUUAAAGGAAUACUGCUGUAAUUAUUUCACUCCAGACUUGGAGACUUUUUUUUUUAGGUAUUGGUUAAUUUUCGUACAAAAAUGGUCAGAUGCUCAACCAAUAUACAAUUUUACUUAAGUCCAAACUCAAAUAAAUUUACAGAAAAACA